UCAGUGCAUUUACAUGUCACUGAGCAAAGCAGUUAAAACCUCAGGAGACCUCAGGAGACCUCCGAUCGUUUCCCCGCCUUGACAUCACGCCCCUCUAAGCGCGCCGUGCGUAAAACACACGGUGAGCUGAAGUCUGGCUAUUCCCUAACUCAAAAUCGUUCACAGCACUCACACACCAAAUCGAACGAAUCAGGCGGCCUUCGUGAUUUAUCAGCUGCUAAGGUAAUACACGUUACUCUCUUUUAAUACAACUUAUACAGUAACUCACUAUAUAAGUGUAGAGCAUUUGCAAUUGCAUGUAUCCCAUGUAUUCCAUGUAUUGCGCAUUAGUAUAAUGUAUAUUUCGUGCUCCUAGGAAUAAAUCUACUACUUGUUUUACACCCGGAAUUGUUUUAAUUAUCUCAAGUUUUUCAUUUGCACAUUAAUGGGAAAUCUUAUGUAGUUUGUGUCUGUUCUCUGUCUUCUCCAUAACUGUUGGACUUCUUUUUACACUGAGGUCUUCCAUAUUUUUUUAUUUUAUAGGAGUUUCAAGGGCAAGAAAUAUAGGAUGGAAGAUAUUAAUGGAAGCAGUAAUGCCUAUUCCAAUUGCAAUUUCUCCAUGGAACCCUUUAUCUUCACCAAUCAAACCAACUGCUCGUCCCCACCCUGGUCCCACUUUCCUGAUUUCUACUUUGCUCUACCUAUCGUGUACUCCGUUAUUUGUGCGGUUGGACUAACGGGCAACACGGCGGUCAUCUACGUUAUUUUAAAAGCGCCUAAAAUGAAAACAGUCACAAACAUAUUCAUCUUGAAUCUCGCAAUAGCAGAUGAUCUUUUUACUCUGGUUUUGCCAAUAAACAUCGCCGAGCACAUGCUGAACAACUGGCCCUUUGGUGGCGCGCUAUGCAAAGUUAUACUCUCGAUUGACCACUGCAACAUAUUCUCCAGUUUAUAUUUCCUCACAGUGAUGAGCAUUGACCGUUAUCUGGUGGUGCUGGCCACGGUGCGCUCACAACGGUUGACCCACAGGACCUACAGGUUCGCUAAAACUGUCAGCAUCUGCGUUUGGGUGUUGGUAAUCAUUAUCGUCUUGCCGUUCACGGUCUUCGCUGGUAUCUAUGUCAGUCCUGACGAUGCAGGGAACAGGACGAGCUGCGUCCUUAGCUUCCCGAGCCCGGAGAGACUCUGGUUCAAGGCUAGCCGGAUUUACACGCUGGUCCUGGGCUUCAUCAUUCCCGUAUCCACAACUUGUGUUCUGUAUAGUGUCAUGCUAUACAAGUUGAGGAACAUGCAGCUCGGCUCAAACGCCAAGGCGCUGGAUAAAGCUAAGAAGAAGGCAACUAUAAUGGUGUUCAUAGUUUUGGCAUUGUGUUUGUUCUGUUGGACUCCGUUCCACCUGAGCACCGUGGUCGCCCUCACCACAGACCUGUCUCCGACCCCGCUCGUAAUAGGAAUUUCCUAUUUUAUCACCUGUCUAAGCUACGCCAACUCCUGCCUCAACCCAUUCCUAUACGCGUUCUUUGACGAUAGUUUUAGGAAGGCAUUUAGGAAAAUAUUGGAAUGCGGACCUUAG